AUGAAAGAUCAAUACGAUUGUUUAAAUAAAGCUCAAUUGAGCUUUGAAUAUUUGCAUACAAAUUCAACUACACAUACAUUCCUUUUUGGUGCAUUAGCUGAACUAGUUGAUAAUUCAAAAGAUGCAGAUGCAAAAAAUCUUGAUAUUUAUACAUGCAAAGAUCCAUACUUACGUGGAGGAUUUUAUCUGGCAUUUUUGGAUGAUGGUUGUGGAAUGCAUUAUGACGACGUCUUCAAUGUAAUUGUUUUUGGAAAAUCUGCCAAACUCCAUAGUCUUGUUCCGAAUCAAAUUGGUCAAUAUGGCAAUGGUUUAAAGUCCGGUGCUAUGCGUAUAUCGAAGGACUUUAUACUAUUUACAAAAAAAGAUAAUAUUGGCACAUGUUUAUUUAUUUCCCGUACGUUUCAUCACGAACAACAUAUAUCUCAAAUAAUAUGUCCGAUGCCUUGUUUUGAUUUGACUACUCAACAACCAGUUCAGAAUACUGACGAUGAUCGAAUAAAUGGUACACUUACAUAUACAUAUGAUAGUAGUAAACAUGAACUUGAAAUGCAAUUAAUUAUGAAAUAUUCACCAUUUAAAACAAUGAAUGAUCUAUUUAAACAAUUCGAUUUAAUUAAAUCGUCUAGUGGAACAUUGAUUGUUCUAUAUAAUUUAAAACUAUCGGAUAUCGGCGAACCAGAACUUGAUAUAAAAACCGAUCCAUAUGACAUAUUAAUCGAUUCAAGAAAUCGAAGAAAUUUAUUGACUGAUGAUGAUGAUAGUGAAAACUCUCGAGGAGACUAUACGUCUUUUUGUUUUAGUAUUCCUGUAGAAUAUCGUUCACUUCGUGCCUACGUUUCCAUUCUCUAUUACGAGCCACGUAUGCGUAUAACAAUUCAAGGAAGACGUGUUAUAACAAAAAAAUUAUCAUAUACAUUAUACAAACCUCGAAAGUAUCAAUUUAAAUCUACACGUUUUAAAACACGUUCUGAACAAGAAAUAAAAAAAUGUGAAAAAGAGCUUUUAUCGUUAGAAGAGCGUAUACGUGAAGUUGAUUCACAAGUUCAUCAUCUACAACAUACUAGUGUAACAACUUCGGCUGAUGAACGAAUGCGACUAAGAAAAUUACAAAUCAAUGCAACUGAAUUAAAAGAUCUUGCAAAUCGAUUAUGUAAUGGACUGGUAAAAAAACGUAUGGAAAUGAAUACAACGAAAACUUUAACGUUUAUCUUUGGAUUGAAUAUACAAAAUCGAUCAACAGAUGGUGUUUUUGUUUAUCAUUGUGGACGACUAAUUAAAAUGUAUGAAAAAGUUGGACAGCCAAAUAAAAAAAUUUUAUACUGUCGCGGUGUUGUUGGCAUUAUUGAUAUUCCUUCCGUAGUAUUGGAAACUACGCAUAAUAAACAAUCGUUUGCUGAUGAAAAAGAAUAUCAUUUUCUACUUAAAAAUAUGGGUGAAUACAUGCGACAAUAUUGGACUGAUACAGGAAUCGAACAUUAUGUUCAAGAAUUUUGGGAAACUUAUGGUUAUCGAGACGAUCAACUUGAUCGGCCGCCAUCAAAUGAUCCUGAACCAGUUAAACGUCGCCAAGUAGCGAUUCCCAUGCUUAUUCAAUGUGAUCAAUGUUUAAAAUGGCGUCGUCUACCCUUUCAUGGUAAUGUCCAACCUUUAACACAAAGUCAACUUGAAUCAUGGCGAUGUUCCGACAAUAGUGAUAUUCUUAAUAAUACAUGUAUCGACAAUGAAAAACUUGAUCUUAUACCUGAAGGAGAAUUGAAACCGAAAUCUCAAGGAACCCAUCAUGAAAAUCGUACUCGAUCACGAGCAGUUUCACCACCAGCUCGGUCUUCAAUAAAUAAUAAACGUAUCUCAAAUGCUGAAAUUUCAUCAACAACAGCGAAUAUUAAUUCAAAAAUAGCUACUCGAUUAACUGUUGCACCAACAUCAACCGCCAAGUUACAGAAUCGUAUUCUGCCUUCAUCUCGUUUAUUAUCGGCAAAAGCCAAAACUAAAAAGAAAAGAAAACGCCUUAUUAAGACACAAUCAAGUAAAUCGAAAUCUACCGCUAUUGGUGCAAUGAGCGAUGAUCAAGAUGAAAACGAAUCAUUUGCACCUGCUAUACAACAAACUCGUCAUCAAACAUCUACAUCUAUUCGACCUGCAUCAACAAAUGAAGUUUAUUUAAUUGAUGAUGAUGAUGAUGAUGAUGAUAAUACUGAAAAUAUCGAUGAUACAAACAACCGUCGCCCGCCACCGACGAUUGGUGCACACUUAUUGGCCAUGUAUCAAGGUGCCCGACGUUCUGGUAUAGUUCUAAGUGUCAAUGAUAAAUGUGGUACUUUUAAAAUGCGUUUUGAUGAAUUUCCAACGGCUGAAUUCGAUUAUUCAUUCAGUUAUAAAUCAUCAGCAUGGUCUUAUAUUGGUACUGCACCACCAUCAAUAGAUCCUACCAUAACAUCAGUUGAAACAAUUCCCAAUGAAGAAGAGCCACUAUGUAGUAUUGCGCAAAAAUUUAAAUCCUUAAUUAACUUUAUGUUACCACCUAAUUGGGAAUUGACACGAGAACAGAUUUCAUCAAUGAGUAAUGACGAUCUUAGCCAACUUGAUAUGACAGUUUUUAUGCACUCGUAUCGUGAAAAAAUGACAAAAAUUGUUGAACAACAUAAAGCUGAUGAAGUACGUUGGCGAACAUUAGCUCAGCGUUUACAAGAAGAAGCAACUAAAUUACUUAAUCUUUCUGGAAUGUCAAUUCCUACUGAUUGUUCCCUCGAAGAUUUCGAAGAACAUAUUCAACGUAACAUGAACCAAUCUGGAAAUAUAUCUUGA